AUGGGCUUCAAGUCGAACGGCGAUGCCGAUUCGUACAGCAGUUCCGAAGAAGGAAAACGCCCACCCGAUUCCGACGCGGAUUCUGAUGCUACCGUACCCGAGCUACACCUCGCCGUCAACGAUGUCCCCGACUGGAAGGGGAUGUUACUUUUUGGAUCUCAGCAAAUGCUUCUCUGCAUCUCGGGGCUUCUCGUUCUCCCAUUUUUGGUAUCGGAUUUGGCCUGUGCUGGGGAUCGGACUAUUGAAUUGAGAGUGAAGCUGAUUUCAUCGACAUUUGUCGCCAGUGGUAUAGCGACUUUGUUGCAGACGACGUUUGGGCUGAGACUAUCGAUCCUCCAUGGCCCCUCAUUCGCCUUCAUCCCAGCCCUUUCCGCAUUCAAAUCUCUACCCGAAAAUGCUUGCCCCUACUCCCGCACUCAAUCAUCACCCGAGGAUCUGUGGAUGGGCAGAAUGAGAGCCAUGGAGGGCUCGCUGAUGAUUUCAUCGGCCGUUUUGUUUAUCAUCGGUGCAUCCGGGCUGGUGGGAAAGGUUUCGAAGAUGGUUGGCCCAAUUUGCAUCGCCCCUCUCAUGAUUCUCCUUGAAAUUGGGACCGUGCCAACACUCGUCGAGAAAAUGAGCCUCCACUGGGUCUCCCUGCUCGAAUUCUUCGUCGUCGUCCUUAUGGCCGUGAUCCUGGAACCAUAUGCCGUCCCGAUUCCCUACUUCUCGGUCUCGCAGCGAAAGAUCAAAUUCGUGAGGGCCAGAAUCUUUGGAAUGUUUCCGUACCUCUUCUCGCUGUUGUUCGUCUGGUUCAUCUGCUGGCUGUUGACGAUAACAAAUUUGGAACCGGUCGAAGGAGAGGCUCGAACCGAUAAAAAUUCUACAAUGGAAGUCCUUUCCGGAUCUCCAUGGUUUCAAAUACCCUAUCCUGGCCAAUUCGGACGUCCCAGUGUCGAUGCCGCCUUGCUUUGCGGAUUUUUCGCCUCGGCUUUUGCCUGUUUGCUAGAAAAUCUUGGUGAUUACGAAAUGGUGGCUAAGGUAUCACAACAACGCCAUCCCCCGGGAGCCGCCGUGAAUCGCGGAAUUAUGAUCGAAGGAUUCGGUUCAAUUUUGGCGGGCGCUUUUGGCCUCGGGGCAGGUGUAACGACAUAUGCUGAAAAUAUUGCAUUGAUGCAUAUUACUCGCGUGGCCUCUCGUGCUACAAUGCAGAUGGCUGGCGUAAUGUGUAUUGUUAUUGGGUUAUUCACUAAAGUCGCUGCACUGCUCGCAUCAGUACCUGACGCGAUUGUUGGUGGUCUACUUGGUAUUGGAAUGGCAAUGAUCAUGGGAGUAUCGAUUAGUAAUCUAAGGACAGUAAACAUGCGACUUUCACGAAAUGUUGCUGUCCUUGGUCUGUCUCUACUCGCCGGCCUAGCAGUCCCGGAUUAUUUCACGCUCAGCCCAAUUAAAACAGGAAAUGCUACAACCGAUCAAGUAUUGAUGACACUUCUCUCGAUUCGUAUGCUCAUCGGUGGUUUAGUAGCUUUUAUUCUGGACAAUACCAUUCCUGGCGUAACCCGGUUCCAACGUGGAUUCCCGCCAGAAAAUGAGAAGCACGAGCUCGUACCGCUUGAAGAAGAUGGAUAUGCGUUCCCUCCUUUCGUUAAUCGCCUGCUCCUCCGCCACAGCUAUCUCAGCAACCUCCCCUUCCUCCCGUCCCAAACUGACUUGAAGCGUACCGUAGCUGAGGAGAAAAUAGCAGCCGAAGAAGCCGAGAAACCGGAUAUCAUUGUC